UCUCUCUCUCUCCAAAGAAAACGCUUUCCGCUUCUCUCUCUCUCUAGAAACCAUCACUUUUUUCAUUUCUCUGUGAUCUGAGUUUAGUUUGAAAUGGUCGCGUGAAAAAUAAGAUCAAAACCCGAAUCUUUUCCCCUCUUUUCUUGAGAUUUUCAAAAUCUGCUAGCCGUUUCACUUCUUCUUCUUCUUCUUCUUCUUUUGUUUCCUGCAAAAAUAUAUAAAAAAAAAUGGGCAAGAAAGAUCAGAGUGUUAACGAGAAUGAUCAGAGAGUUCAAGCCGUUCUUGACAUCAUCAGAAAACUGAGCCCCCUGUCUCUCAAACAGGAAAAAUUCUGCAACAAGAGAUGUGUGGAGAGGUUCUUGGAAGCGAAAGGGGGGAGUGUGAAGAAAGCUUCUAAGCUUCUUCGUGGCUGUCUUUCAUGGAGGGAGUCUUUAGGAAUAGAUCGUCUAAUGGCCGAUGAGUUUUCUGCAGAACUUGCAGAAGGAGUGGCAUAUGUUGCUGGUCAUGAUGAUAACUCAAGACCUGUUGUGAUUUUCAGGCUCAGACAAGAUUACCAGAAAUUCCAUUCACAGAAAAUGCUUACUCUGUUGCUGGCCUUUACAAUGGAAGUGGCAAUCCAAACCAUGGCAAAGCAUGUUGAACAGUUUGUGAUCCUCUUUGAUGCCAGCUUUUUCCGGUCGGCCUCCGCCUUUCUGAACGUGCUUCUGCUGGCUCUCAAGCUGGCCGCCGAUUACUACCCGGCCCGCCUUCACAAGGCCUUCGUUAUUGAUCCCCCCUCUCUCUUCUCUUAUAUUUGGAAGGGUGUAAAGUCAUUUGUGGAGCUUGCACCGUUGACCAUGGCGGUAUCUUCCAUUGACUUUGAAGACCCAUUGGGAUUCACCGAUUUGUCCACGUGUCAUAAGGCUGCGUCAGACCGGUUCAGCAGCCCUUCAUCCACGGCCCGGAUUGGCCCGGCCUGCUCUUCCUCCCGGUUCACUUUCACCGUCUCCCACCGCCACUUUGACUCCCUCAAGCCGUGGCACCUCACCUUGACCGACUCCGCCGCCAUCUCGCCGCUCAACGGCCGGUCCAUGUCCUUCGCGUCGCCCCUCGCGAGGGCGACGCCCAGGACGGGUUUCUUCCCGUCGACGCCGCUACCGGCGAAGAAGACCUCGGCGGCGAUGACAAGGCCGUCCUUCUUCCAGUCUCCGGCCGUGUUCUUCAAGAGGGACGACCACGUCACCCGGCCCGACUGGUCGCGCGAGUCUUUCGUCCCGUUCUUGAAGUUCUACCGCCGGCCGUACGACGAGAUGACUUACCGGGCGAAGAUGAGGCCACCGCUCGGCGGCCUCAUCGCCAUCGUCCCACCUCAUCUCAAGCGCCGCCACGUGUCGGUCUCGCAAAGCACGAAAAAUGAAGGCUAUUGGUCAGUUUGCCGCCCACCGCCCCACGACAAUGCCUUCUUCACCGUUCACCGCCCCACUCUCGAGAACUAUCCUCAUAUAUCUUCCCUUGGAUGCAUUUGGCUCUUCUAUCACCGGCAUCUACAUCAAAAUUGCUCAGCUUCCUUCGGCAACCGCUAGGUGACUCUUAUACUGUUUGUGGUCUUUCUUGAUCUCUUCAAGUUACAAUUUAACUUCCUUGGGAGACAUCCACUGGGUUGAAGGACAAUUGCAGGUCUUAGAAACGGGAGACAUUACAUUCUACAUUGGUUGCAGCAGUUGCAACAGAAAAGUGGACUACAUAGAAGGAAUCAAUUUUAAAUGCAUGCUGUGUGGUGACCCUGAAGCAAAAACCAUAAAGAGAAUCAGAAUUCUGUCCGAAAUAAAAGAUGAAAUUAGUGCUCUACAAGUGACACUAUUCAUCGACACACUCGAAAAGAUUGUACGAUCACUUGAAUUGAAUACACCAAUGGAGUUGCUAAAAUGCGGGGAUUUGAACAACAGUCUUGAAUCUCAGAAGGUAACGGCUGCAGUGCAACUACCACCUCGCACCGACCAAACAUCUGCAUCGAAGACAUUCUCACUUCUAUGCCUGUAUGACCCCGUCAUGAAAAAACAUCAAGUCCAACC